AUGGUUCUACGGCACGGUUUUCUUGUUUGCUCAAGGCUCCAGGUUUCGAUUAACCCAAGAGUUCCUGGCCAUGAUGACUUCUGUCGUUAUAAACAAAGUCAGGGUAAUGUUUUCCAACAGGCAACUCUGAUCAAAUGCUUCCAAGAUGUAUUCAACAUCCAAGUCUAUGGGGAUGUGUUGGUUGGAAGCAAAUUCCCGAAAGCACUCAAUUUAAGAAGGCCUCGUUUUGCUGUUGUUGCACAUGCAAAAGAGUUCAAUGAAAACAUAAAUACUAAAUAA